CGCCAAAAAAAAAAAUCAUCCGCAGAAACACUGUAGUUUGGAUCAACGGGUUUCAUCCAAAAGAAAAACCCUAACCUCUCGUUCUUUCUCAUAGCCUUUCGUCACAACCCUUUGUUGCAGUCUCAGAAGCCUGCUCACCCAACGCGCGCUGUUGUUUGCCUUUCUCUAUCUCAGACGACCGUCGACCGCCCACCUUGUCUAAGCCAUCUCCUUUGAAGCUCUCUCUUUCACUCUUCUGCAGGCGGGAAACCGCUCAAUUGCUUAUUUUCGCCCGUGUCCUCGUCUCUGCCGCUUUCAACUUUGUUCUUUUUAAGAAAUUUGGUGGUGUAUCACAAUGCAGUCUGGUGAAGCCCCUGCUUCAAUGGAAGUAGAAACCAUGCCAAAUGGAUUGGGAACAAAUACUGGGUCAUUUUCACUGCCACCUAAGCCAAAGUUCGAGCCUCUGAAGGCUCAUGAGAUGUCUGAUGGUCGAGUUCAGUUCAGGAAGGUUUCAGUUCCACCACAUAGGUAUUCACCACUUAAGAAAGCGUGGAUGGAAAUCUACACACCAAUAUAUGAGCAGCUGAAAAUUGACAUCCGAAUGAAUCUCAAGGCUAGAAAGGUUGAAUUAAAAACCAGAUCAGAUACACCUGAUGUUAGUAACCUGCAGAAGUGUGCAGAUUUUGUACAUGCUUUUAUGCUAGGUUUCGAUGUUAUAGAUGCUAUUGCACUUUUGAGAUUGGAUGAGCUAUAUGUGGAAUCUUUUGAAAUCAAAGAUGUUAAAACCCUUAGAGGUGAGCACUUAUCUCGUGCCAUUGGAAGACUGUCGGGUAAAGGUGGCAAAACCAAGUUUGCUAUUGAGAAUGCUACAAAAACAAGGAUUGUGAUCGCAGAUACCAAGAUUCACAUAUUAGGAUCAUUUCAAAACAUUAAAAUUGCCAGGGAUUCCCUCUGCAGCCUCAUUUUAGGGUCCCCUGCUGGAAAGGUAUACUCGAAGCUUAGGCAAGUUAGUGCUAGAUUGGCAGAGAGGUUUUAAUUAUUUUAAAUGCGGCUUUUUUUAACCUCUGACUAGUUAGCUUUAUUUUGAGAUCUGAUAUGUCAUGGUGAGAGGAAGUUUGUGGUUGUAACUUGGCAUGAAUUUUCCAUAUCAAAGGCCUUGUUUCAUUUAAAAGAUAUGAAUAUCAUUCAUUUCUGACUUGUUAUUUAUUCUCAGUUGAUAAUGGAUUUUUGUUUGUUGUC